GAAUAUUGCUGAAAUGGAGGAGGGUGGGAGUGCUUGAGGUGACCUGGAUUGAAGCUGAGUGAUGGAUGCUCCAUAAGACACUCAUAGGAGGGUCAAGGCCAUGGUAGGGAUUGCAGCAUUUCAGUGUUGGAAGAUACAUAACCUUUUCCCAGCUGCGUUCACCACAGGGGCUACAGGCUCUAAAGCAGCAGGUCUCUUGGUGUAGAGAGUAGAACUGGUACUGCAAACCAUGCUGCAAUCCAGAGCAUUGGUGAUAGCUCUGAUUCUGCUCCUUAGCACCACUCUCCCCGAAGUGCACUCAAAGUCCGUGUUUGAGAGAGACCGUCGUGACUGGUUGGUCAUCCCUGAUGCAAUUGCAGCUUACAUCUACGAAACUGUGAACAAGAUGUCCCCUAGAGUCGGUCAGUUCUUGGUGGAUGCUGCCCAGACUCCAGCAGUUGUUGUGACCAGGAACUUCCUCAUCAGAGAAACAACUAAACUCAGUAUACUGGCUGAACAGCUGAUGGAAAAAAUAAAGAACCUGUGGUACACAAAAGUCCUAGGCUACUAGCCAAAACAAGACAAGUCAGUGUUUCAUGAUGUGAGUUGGUCCUCACAGUGUCCUCUUUCCCCCGGCCCCUACUACGGACCAAGAUCAGUCAAUAAACAGAAUUGAUGCUCCUCUUAAUUCUACUAGAGGGAACCCAGCUUUAAAGACCAAAGAACGGAAUGCAUCUGCUGAAGUCCCCCUGUCAAAAAAAAACCUGCGGCUGGGCAUGGGGAAGGCAAUGAGAUUGUAGAGCUCUUCUGUAGCCAAAUCCUGAAAAUUAAUUCCUCCUGAAUGGCCUCACCAUUGCCCCUUUAAUAAAAACUUGUUGGUUGUUACACUUC